CUUUAAUUAGUAUCUGUUAUCAACAUUCUACUACAGAUGUUCCAAUAGUAAAGUUUCAUUAUGACCGUCUCUACAUUUAUAUAUUUCGCAAUAUUGUUUGUGGCGACUGAAUAUUCAAAUGCCUCGAUUCACUCAUUGAGACAUAAAUUUCAACAGGCAGACCCAGCUGAAAACGAAGUGACAGAUACAUCAGAAAAGGUGAAGUUCAAAACGAACGACAAAGUUUCUUUAAAGGUUUACUACGAGUGUCUGUGUCCUGAUUGCAGGCAGUUCGACACAACUCAAUUUAUUCGUACUGUUUUGAAAUUGGGUGAAUACCUCGACGUCAAGACCUACCCCUACGGCAAUGCAAAGACAACUGAACGCGAUGGUAAAACAGAAUUCCAAUGCCAGCACGGCCCUGAAGAAUGUUAUGGGAACAAACUCCAUGCGUGUACUUUGGAUAUUAUAAAGAACCAGACGACAGCCCUGGUGUUCAACGCUUGCAUGAUGGACCACUCACAAACAGGGUCCGGAUCUGAUGAUAAAGCAGCAGACAGGUGUGGCCUAGUACUGAGCAUCGACUCAAGACCCAUCAAAAAAUGUGCUAAUAGUGACAGAGGCACAGAGCUUCUCAAGAUGUAUGGAGUCGAAAGCAAGAAAGCAAAUUUCAAUUAUGUUCCAUAUGUACUUGUGAAUGGAGUUGAAAAAAAUGGCGACAAUCUAAUGAAAGAAAUCUGUGAAGCAUUUGCUAAUCCACCACCGCCAUGUACGGUAUCAAAGAAGCAAUAAUGCUAGUCACAAAUGUAGAAUCUGUUGUUAGACGAAGAUCUAGUUGCAAUUAAAUAAAUAGUUACAAACAAAA